AUGCAUAUCUCAAGCCCUACGGCUUGGAGCUCAUCGGAUGAUACAGGCCAUAAGAUUCCUAUCCAACACCUAACCAAACCGGGUCUACAGUCUGAUCUGGAAAACCCUAAGCCCGUGUCUACUCACAUUCCCACCGAGGAUGGCGGCUACCAGAUCUAUAAGGCGGCAGGAAAGCUUGAAGGAAAGAAAGCGAUCAUCACUGGUGGCGACUCGGGAAUUGGCCGAGCCGUGGCAAUCCUAUUUGCCAUGGAAGGUGCCUCGAGUGUGAUCGUGUACCUACCAGAAGAGGAGUCUGAUGCACAAGAGACCAAGAGAAGGGUCGAGGAGUAUGGUCAGCAGUGCCAUACCCUCGCCAUUGACCUUCGAAAGAAGGAGAAUUGCCAGAAGACCAUCGAUGUGUCUUUGCAAAAGAUGGGGGGCAUCGACAUCCUCGUCAACAACGCGGCUUUCCAGGAUAUGCUCAGCGAUAUCAGUGAGCUGGACGAAUCGCAGUGGGAGCGAACCUUUGAAACUAACAUCCACUCCUUCUUUUAUUUGUCCAAGUACUCACUGCCGCACAUGAAGAAGGGCUCCACCAUUAUCAAUUGUGCGUCCGUCAAUCACUACAUUGGCCGAGGUGACCUGUUGGACUACACUUCGACCAAAGGAGCAAUUGUGGCAUUCACGCGCGGCUUGGCAAAUCAACAGAUGCUUAAGGGCAUUCGGGUCAAUUGUGUCUGUCCUGGUCCAAUUUGGACCCCCCUUAUUCCAUCCACCAUGUCCAGCCAAGCCAUGGAGUCAUUCAGCAACCCCCCGAUGGGUCGACCAGGCCAGCCAAGCGAAGUGGCCACCUGCUUUGUCUUCCUGGCGAGUCAGGACAGCAGCUAUAUCUCUGGACAGUGUCUGCACCCCAACGGAGGAAUCAUGGUCAAUGGAUAA